AUGUUGCUGGAGCCGUUAUCUGAUGACUCUUCGACGUUUCUCAAUCAUCCGCUUUCGCGCACACAACUCAUUAAUCGGUGUGUCCGAGGCUUUUUGGCAGGAUCCACUAACCCUUUACUUCGGUCUAAUCGACAACUUGUGGAUGUGCUUGUCUCUUCUCUGUCUCCCAUGACGGGUCUACCUGAGUCGGCCAAGUCGACGCCGUCCAUUCUAACUUCUGUGUUCGGUUUGAGCCAUCAUACUAUCGGUGUGCAUGACAGUGACGCGAGCUCUCCACUCACCACAUUGUCAACAGUUGGACUUGGGACCCGUUCGCCUAACCUCUUCCGACCUUUCUUCACGGUUAGUUGA